UGAUGAUGCCAGCACAGAUUCUAAUAUCGAAGUUAUAGACUGUGAUGGUUAUGAACCUGCCUCAGUCACACCCUGCCUUGAACAAAGAAGUUCCUGAAGUUCCUGAGAAUACCUCAACUUUCAUAAUUCCCGAUAGGCAUCACCAACAAAGCAAUUUGAAUGAUGACAAUGACUCCAACAAUGAAGAUAGUGACUAUCAAAAUAUUUCUAUCGAAAGAAGAAACAAUGAAGAUAGUGACUGUCAAAAUAUUUCUAUCGAAAGAAGAAGUUUGAAGAGGAAAAGAUCAAGUGAUGAAAGUUUUCAUUCAGAGAAAGUCUUUGCUUCAAACUUCAAUGUAGCCAAGGUAGAAGAGCAAGCUUCUAGUAGUUCACAAUCAGAAGAUUCAAUUAUUAAAGAUUUGAAGGAGAUGAAACCUUUUGAAUCGUGCCCUAUAAUAAUUGACAAUUUGGAUGAUGAAGGUGCCAACAUAAUCAGCAUUGACUCUGAUGAUGAUGAUGAUGAUGAUGUGAUUGAGGUCACCGAUAAUUUUACUCUGAUCUCACUGACAGCAGUGAUGAGAAACAGUGAAAACAACAAUAGUCCUAGAGUGGUUGGUGUCAUAGGUUCUUCACUGGUGAUGUUCAUCCCCAGUCCAGCCAAAACAUCAACACCAACAUCAGCAUCAGCAUCAACAUCAACAUCACUCAACUCAUAUUAAUCAGAUCAGGUGACUGUUCCGUUCCUCAUGUCUAUGUUUGUAUUUGAUCAAUAAAUGAUGUCCAGUGAGCUUCAUUUCAAUGUGUUUGCUAUUUCAAUAUUAGAAAACGACUCUAUCAGUAACCCACCAAUGGGCUUUUGGUUACAAUCCUCAGUUAUGUCACAUGAAACAGCUACUUUACACUGAAAAUGAAAAAUGUACACUACUUGAUGUUAGCAAAAUUUUGUAGUUUUUUAUUUGUAUUAAAAAUGUACACUUGAUGUUAGCAAACUUUUUUUUAUAUGAAAAAUGUACACUUGAUGUAUGUUAGCAAAAUUUUUUAGUUUUUUUUGUAGUUUUUUAUUUUGUCAUUUUAAACCCUCUGUUGAGUACCUCAAGUUUUUAAAUCAAUAUAUCUAUUAUGUUUCUCUGCUUCUGUUUUAUUAUGUUUCUUUGUAUUUAUUAUGUUUUUCUGUUUAUUGCAUUGUGAAGUACAUUAGGACUGUAUUGAUUGUAAUUAUAACGAAGUAUGUAAUUUCACCUUGCAACUGUGUUUGUUCUCAAUUUAAAAAAGAAUUAUAAGAAUAUUCUUAUGUUGAUACUAAUUCUAAACUAUAUAUCUAUUAUGUUUCUCUGCUUGUGUUUUAUUAUGUUUCUUUGUAUUUAUUUUGUUUUUCUGUUUAUUGCGUUGUAAAGUACAUUAGAACUGUAUUGAUUGUAAUUAUAAUGAAGUAUGUAAUUUCACCUUGCAACUGUGUUUGUUCUCAAUUUAAAAAAGAAUUAUAAGAAUAUUCUUAUGUUGAUACUAAUUCUAAACUAAAAACUUAGAUAUCAAAAAUUGUAUUUUUUAUUUUUCUGCCAUUUAAAUCAGUUUCAAAACAAUCAGUAAGUAGGCCUACUUAUGACUGUUGUAAAAAUGUAUUUUAAGUAAUUUUACUAGGCUUCUCUGCUUAUGAGUAUCUCUGUUUAUGAGUAUCCUAUAGUCCUAAUAGAUUGUCAGUAUUUAAUUUUUAAUUGAAAUAUUUUAAAACUACCAAAGAGAUAUUUUACAAAACAAAAUCAAAUUAAUAUCAAAUUUCCUCUAUAGUAGGCUACCGAGUGGAGACACUUCCAUAAAUAUUGUUAAUUAUAAUAGUUAAUUGAAAACUUAUUUAAUGCACACUUUCAGACGCUUGCACGAAAACCAUUAAGAUCUCAAUAAUUACCCCUGAGCAUUGGUGGCUGAAUUUUCUUCAAUCAGUUAUAUUAAUUAAAUUUGUAAGCUUCACUAGCAGUGUUGAACAGUAUUUUGAAUGUUCAACGAAAUUCAAUUAAAUAACAAUAUUUUAUAACUUUUCUCAUCUAAACUCUAAGAUGAAGUUUUUGAUAAUUACCUGAAUAACUGACGUGACAUUGUUUUUUUCUUAGGCCGGGAUUACACGGUCAAAUGUUUUAUAAAAGAUGAUGACCAUCUUUUAUAAAAUAUUUGAAUACUGAUUCUUUUAUAAAACAUUUCGGAAUUAUUACACUGUCAAGAGAUCUUUGUCAAAGAUCUUUGUAUUUUUUAAUUCAACUUAUCAAGUAUAAACUUUUUAUUUCAAUUGUAGCAAAACAAUGGAUGAUGAAGAAUUCUAUUCCUGUGCAGGUAUACUUAGUGCUGUCUUGUCAAUAUCACUUAUCCUGAAAAAAAAAGACAACGUCAUUGUAAUUGUUUAAUGUACAUUACAACAGAUACAGUAGAGAUAAAUAGAGAAAUUCUAACCGACAUAAACUUUACAUUGGGGUUGUAAUAAUGUCAGUUAAUCCAUAAUAUUAACCUCAUCGUACAUGUAUAUAUUUUUUAAUAAACUACUUGAAACAAAAUUAUUUUCUUACCUUCAUUUUUUCUGACAGAAAUUGGCUUCUAAGACCAUUUAUUUUCUUCUUGAUGUCAUCAUGUGUACAUCCAGGUCUUACAAGGUUUAUAUUUUCGGCAAUUCUUUUAUAAAUUGAUUGUCUUAAUAGUCUAUUUUUAUAAUCUUGAUGUUUAGGAUUAAAUAGACUUUCAUGAUUUUCAUAUUCGGAAAUAAGGAGCUUAGUGGUUUCAACACACCAAGUGUACUUUGAAGACAUUUCAUUCAAAUUAAAAACUAAUCUGAAAUAAAACUAACCUCAAUCAAAUUAACAUCACCUGAAAUUCAGAAUCUCAACUUUUAUAAAAGAUAAUGCCAACCUAUUAUCUUUGAUAAAAUAAAUUUUAUAAAAGAAAUCUUUUAUAAAAUAUGGCCUAUUAGACUAUCAAAUAUGUUUGUCAAAUAUCUUUUAUAAAAGAUCUUUCAUAAAACAUUUGACUGUGUAAUCCCGGCCUUAGUUUUGACAAGUCUAGGAUGAACUUUGAUACCAUUUCAGCUCAAAUUUUCAAUAGUUAUAGAAAUAAAGGAAAUGCAAGUAUAGAUAUACUAGGUAUGAAUAAAAGUAGAAAUCAAUUAUACAUAUUAGAAAAAUAAUUGAGAAUAUAAUAUUUCAUAGGGCUACACGCAAAAUUAAAAAAAAACAAUGAUAAUAAAAAAUAAUAAUAAAUUGGAGGAUAAAUAUUGCCAUAAAACAGUUUUUUUUAUUGGGUCAGAUCGACUUCAUGAUAUUCUGAAAAGCAGUUUGUUUUCUCAUUCACACAUAACAAUUUUUUACAAUAGCUGCAAAUUGAAUGAGGUCGUGACUGUAUUUGUUUUUUAGAACACACUUCACAUCGUCCAUGGUUUCCCACAAAUUUUGGCCAAUGGAUUCUCCUAUUGCUCAACCUAACAUCCUUGGGGAUUGAAAAGUCUUGUUUCCUUCUUUUUUGUGGAGCUGAUGGUCCUGGGUCUUCUUUGGAUCUCAUCUUUAGUGUUUGAACGUUUUUCUUCAAAAUAAGUCCUUGAGAUACCAAACGUUGAAUCUCCAGCACAUCGACUUUCUCGAACAUUUGACAAUACACAACAUAUGCAUUUACAAAGGGUCCAAGAAACCCCAGAAUAGUCGAUGCCACCAUUUUUUGGACUUCCUAUCUACACAAUAAAGUGCCCUAAGGCGAUCAGCUCGAUCAACUCCCCCCAUGUAUUUGUUGUAGUCACUGACCACAAAGGGACAUGCAAUAUUUGUAGUUUGGUUCCAUCCUUCUGUUUCCUCAAUACAGAAGUUGCUUGAGACCCAUGAAAAUUCGAUGCCAAGCAUACAGCCUUAUUAUCAUGCCACUUGUAGAAUCCAAUACCAGUGUUGGAAACUCGGAAAUCCCAAUCUCCUCUCUUCAGACUUUUAUCUGACUGCAUGUUUUGUGGAUCACCUUUACGGCCAGAUCUGAUAGUGCCACAUGCUAGUGUAUUCUCCAUCUUCAAUUUUUCCAGCAAUCGGACACUUGAGAAAAAAUUGUCAAACACAAGGAUUCUGUUCUCCUUCCAAAUGAAUUUCGAUAGAGACAAAACCACUCUCUCUCUCCAAAUUGUACUCUUUGAGGUCCUCUGAUAUUCUGUCAUCUUUCCCCUCAUAAACUUUGAAUGACAUAGUAUAGCCCAUCUGAUCAGCAAUGCACCAAAGUUUAUACCCUCGCUUGAUGGGCUUCAUUGGGUUGUAUUGCUUCAAGCUGCUGCGGCCAAUUUCAUUACAAAUGAAGUAGACAGUUUGAAUAGCUUGUAGAGAAUUUAUUAUUUAAAAGUUUAGAUCAUUACUUACAUGAUUACAUAGAAGAAUUCUUGAAGUUUUUGAAUGAAAUUAUAUAUUUUUUUGAAAUCUAUUUCUAAUAGGUACUGUACAUUUAACAUGUUUUGUAAAUAAAGUUUUUUGUAAUCAUUAUAAAUGAUCUUUGAUUUCAUUAAAUCUGAAAUACUCCAUCUAUUAUAAAGUUCUGAAUUAAUUAAUAUUAUUACAAUUUUUAAUAAUGACUUUAAAUACAUAUUUUUUAAUCCAAAAUUGGAAUAUAUUCAAUAUAUUCAGUAUAAUUGAUUCAUUGAUACUGACUUCUCUGGUUCCUGAGUACAGCAGCUUGAAUUUUUCAUUCAGUGCAUCUAUAAUAGAGGCGUGCAGAUGGUAAAGGCUGAAAGUACCGGGAGACAAAUUUUUCAGUAUUAACAAAAAACACUUAUCUGCAUCAUAUAAUGGCUUGAAAAUUCUGUAAAAAAUUGUAGAUAUGUAAUUCAAGGUGCUGAUCACGAUUAUUAGAUUUAAAAUGAAGUAAAUUAAAAGAAUUUGAGAAUUACCUUGAAAAAGCUGUAAGUGCCCGACAACGUUGCCUGGAGUAGGAUGUAAGGACCGACAACGUUUCCUGGAGUUGGAUGUAAGGACCGCCACGCCGACUAUAAUGGUGUAUGUCCCUGAACUGAAUAACAAAAAAACAGUAGGAUUGGAUGGGGUCUCAAGCAAAAUUUUAAAAGAAUGUGAAAAUGAAUUACUGGACCCUUUAUUGCAUCUCCUUAAUACUUCACUAGAGCAGG